GUGUGGCAGCCUGUGCGUGCAGCCUGCAAACAUAACACAUCGUCAGGACAAAGGGAUCGACUCCAAACUUCCUGGUCAGAGACAUCACUGAGCGCACAGAGGAAGGAGCCAUGUCACCACAGCCUUUAUUAACCCAGGUGAGGUCCCGCCCCCUCCUCCUGCCACUCAACCGCAUUUAAAAUGAACGACUUCUGACGCGUCGCUGCACACAAGGUAUAUUUGCUCUGGGUUUCACGAUGUGUUCGAUUCCUGGGCUUCCAACACCUGGAUCAGAAGUACAUGUUCUCAUCAUAAGGGUAAACCUAAACCCCAGUUGUGGUCUUGUGGAAUUAUGGGUUAACAUGGAUGAUGGAAGACGGCAUAUUUAUGAGCAGAUGAAAGAGGAAAUUCAGAUGCCUAAGAGGAAGUUUUAUGGAUCAGAUGGAAAACCAGGGGACCUUUGUUUGGCCUGCAUCAGUGACACGUGGCACAGAGCUCGGAUUCUAUCAAUUCAAAACGACACAUACAAUGUUUUUCUAAUAGACCAGGGAGAGCCCCAUAGCGCUACAAGUGAAGCAUUAGCAUGGGCCCACAGUGACAGUUUUCUCCUUCCUCCUGAGUACGAGUCUUGCAUACUUGCAAAUGUCAUCUUCCCUGAGAAUAAUUUGCCAGAAAGAGCCACAAAGUUUCUGAAGUCUCUUCCUGGCAAUAAAUUUAACGGAAUGGUUCAACAUGUGCUGAUGCCAGAGGAUGCCAGGAAAAUUAUCCUUGAUAUUCCAACUAUUUCCAAGCACAUCUGUGACUUGGGAGUUUCAAAGAACAUCCCAGGGGAGGACAUUAAAAGCCUUGUGCUGAAAUGUAUAAAUUUACUCAAAGGAGAGGCGCCUGAGGCCUACUGUACAACGCAGGAACAGAAUUUUAAAGUUAGCUGCCAACUUGAGAAGCAUGACCAAUACUUAUACCCAGAACUGUUAAUCGACACAUUUGAAACUGUAACUGUUACAGAGGUAACUGAUCCACAUACCAUUUUUUGCAAGCUCCUAAUUUUUUCCAAGGCAUUGAAGAUCUUAUCAGAACAGAUCCAGCAGCACUAUCAAGAGAUUUCAGAGUUUGGAGAGGUGCAACCACAGACCUGCGGGGAUCCGUGCGCUGCUAGAGAUGUAAACGGCAGAUGGCAUCGCUCGUUGUUGAAGCAAAGCAUUAUGACCGACAGUGGUGCCGUAGAAGUUUUGCAUGUGGAUGAAGGAAAAACUGAUCUGGUCCCAGUCAGAGACAUCAGACCACUGCAUGGAAAAUUCCUGAGAAUGCCAGUUGUCACAUAUUUCUGUUCUCUUAAUGGACUAAAUGGUAACGGCACUGAAUGGACUCCAGACCAGGUUGAUUACCUGAAAUCACUGCUCCUUCACCAGACAUUAAUGGCGACGUUCGACCACCACAAUAUAUCUCAAGAUGUCUAUCAUGUCACACUCUAUUCAGCUAAUGCUUCAUGCUUAAACAAUUGUUUUUUAGAGAAGGUUGGACUUUUUCCUCCCUAUAAGGAUGAAGAUGAAACAAAUUUCCAGAAAGAAGCCAUUCCUUCACCUUUCCUCACUUCACUUGGAGAUGAACAAGAUUUACAAAACAAAGUCAGUGUAAAUGUUGAUGAUUUACAAGAUCAAACUUUGCCCUGCAACCAAACCCUAGAAGAUACAUCGGUUGAUGUAUCCAUGUCUAGCACUAACGAUCUUCUGUGCUUAGAACAUCCAGACUCCCUUAUACACAACGGUGAGCAUGUCUGUGAAGAUAACGUCUUUACAGUGGGAAGUAGAAUCAACGUAAAAGUAUCUUGCAUUGAAACUCCUCCACAGGUCCCAUUAGACACAUACAAUUACUCCACACACAAUAUUGAGGUAGGUGGGAAAGAGAAAGUGUGUGUAACCAGUUCAGAGAGUGUUGGUCACUUUUUCUGCCAACUAGUCAGGAAUUCUCAUUUGUUAGACAAAGUGAUGGAAGAUAUUAAACAACUAAUUGGCCAGCCACAGUGCACAGAUCAGCCUCUUGGGCUUAAUAGCAUUUGCUUUGCAAGGCACACUGAUAAUCAGUGGCACAGAGGUCAAAUAGUAGAAAUGUCCCCAAAACUUAAAGUGCACUUUGUGGACUAUGGUGAUACACUUACAGUGGACAAAUCUGAUAUAUGUCCUUUGCCCUCCGAAGGAGGUUUUGCCAGGUCUGCCCCUGUGCUGGCUGUUCCACUAGGACUGUAUGAUGUUCCUGCAGAAGUUCCACAGGAAGUUAACCAGUGGUUUGCAAAUUCUGCCACUGACCAAAGUUUGACCAUUUUAGUCGUAGCAAAAGCAGAUAAAGGGAAGCUACUUGUUGAACUGUUUGAUGGAGCCCAAAAUGUAAAUGUGCAAGUCAUAGAGAGGAUAUUAAAGACGGCACAAGAAAAUAUGACUGGUUUCAUUCAGCAGACUGACCAGCUGUCUUCUAAAAGCUCAGAACAGUCCCCUGUGCCAAUCGAACAUUACUCAAAGCCAGCCCCCAUGGAUGUGUCAGUAUUAACAGAGCAAAACAACGACCAUAGUGGCAAUGAACUGUGUCCUAGAGAUGAGGUAAAGAUGAAGUCACAAUCUUUAUCUAAUGUCUUUGCAACAGAUACUGAACAUGAGAAGACUUUGGAUGUUGUUGUUGUGGAAAAUGGCUUUGGGUUGGCAGAGACUUUGAUAGAUCAAAGUCACAGUAACUCAGAAAUAACACAACUUUCCGUCUCUCCUAGCCUUGAGGGAUGCGUGAAUAUCUGCAUGUACAAUGAGCCAAACAUUUAUCAGAAGCAGAGAGAGGAGGUGUAUGCUUCCUGCAUUGUCGGACCACAUUUUUUUUGGUGCCAGUAUGCCAACUCUGAGGAUCUCAAAAAAUUGUCAAUUCUUGCUCAGGAAGCAGGACAAGCACAGCUGGACACAAAGUUUCCAAAGACUCUUGGUCCUGGCAGUCCCUGCCUUGCUCUUUUUUCCAGUGACAGUCAGUGGUAUCGAGCUCAGUUGGAUGGAUUCGAUGAGUCAAAUGGCACCUGGGACGACCAAGUAUACGAUGACUUCUACAAUCUCCUGGUGGAUAAACCACUCAGAGUGACAGUUUUGAACAUGGAGGAUCAUUCAGAGAUUGAUCUUCCUCAGUAUUCAGUGGAGCUUGAGUACGAGGGGGUGGUUGUAAAUGCGAUAAUGGAGAAAUACUGGAAUGGAUUACACCCUGAUCCUGCCUUAGCAGAAGGUUUUGAAUCAGUGCAUCAGGAUGAAACCAAAACCACGGACGAGGUUGUUGGAGUUUAAGAUAAUGAUGAAGCCAGCAAAUGAAUGCUCUGGGCUGCUUGUGGAGAACCCGAGUCGUAACGAAGAGUUCUCGACUCACGAGAACAUGUUUGAAAAUGUUCUCUUUCAUGAACAAGAUUAAAUUAAGCUAAUGUGUAGUUAAUUUGUGUCAAUAAACACACUUGAAAG